AUGUAUAAAAUAAACUGUGAGAAACUUGGACAAAUGAAAAAGAGUCACUUGAAGGAUGGCGAUAUUAUCCUGGCACAGGAAGCAGGAAAUUUGGAUAAGUAUACGUUUUCCAAUGCCAUGGCACAGUCUGUCAAGUUAGGCAUAUGGGAGGCAUCGUUAAAUCGUUAUGUCGAUUCAAUUGAAUUCGUUACGGAAGAUCUAAAAAUUGGCAAGAAGAUUCAGAUGACGCAGCAUGAGGUGUUGAGGAAACAGGGCGAAUUGUUCGCUCUCAGACAUCGUAUCAACUUAACGUCGGAUCUGUUGGAUACACCUGAUUUCUACUGGGAACGAGACGAUUUGGAAAAUUUGUAUCAACAAACCUGCGGAUAUUUUAGCAUCGCGAAACGUACGAAAGUGAUGAACGAGAGAUUAAAUCACUGUUUGGAACUGGUGAGCAUUUUGUCAUCGCACUUGAGCGAUCGUCAUCACAUACGUUUGGAAUGGAUGAUUAUCAUACUUAUUAUGGUAGAGGUCGCUUUCGAAAUUUUGCAUUACAUCGAUCGGUACCUUGUGAAAUAG